AAUCGCACGCGGCUAUGCGCGGGAAACGCUGCGCGUCAGUCGUAUCUGAAAAGCGCGCGCGCGCAGACGCACGCUGCCAGUUUUAGGUUAGGAUUGGCGCGGUUUUCGUCCAUCCGCCAGGUGCGAUCGACGUCUGCGCCCCCGCUCUAACAACCGCGUGUUCUAUCCUGCCUCUCGCUCCCUACCUGCGCAGGCGCAACAGCUGUUUUCUCGGGAGAUUAGUCAGAUGUUUCUCGCGAACCAGUCGGAGUUCACCUGACGUUAGUAGUGCUGAUAUGGCGGCUGGAGGAAGGACGCCCAAACAGAGAAGGACUGAGAUGUCAGCAGGAAUGGCUCUGAGAAGAAGGCGAGGAAGCUGCAAGUGCUUAUUUGGUGCGCCAGAUCGAGAUGAGACAAAACUCUUAAUGGCAGAACAAUACGCCAGAGAGAGGAAACGAUUCAUCAGAAGAUUCAACUUUGAUAUAGAAACACAAUGCGCGUACAAAGCAGCUAAAUUAGAUUCACCAGUGAAAUUUUGUGAGGAAGAUAAAGAAAACGCCGACAGUCCAGUGCGGUCGGCGGCGGCUGUUUUGAGUUGUGUUGCUAAUACGGACUUGAGGGUUAUGGGGUCUCCUUCACGAAGGAGUUCCGGCAGCAAUAGCAUUUCACCCAGGACUCCUAGGACGCCACGGACGCCUAGGGCUGCGAGAACCCCUCGCACGCCGCGCACCCCCGCAUCUAGAAGACAGCUGCAAAUGACAGAUUACUGGACAGCAAAGAAGCAUACAGACGGAGCCAGUAGCGACAAAGAAAACUAAGAAAAUAUAACUUUGUUACUUAUUUAAUUUGUAGAUGUUAGUUAAUGCAAGGAUGGAAGAGGAAGGAAGAGUUCUUCCUGAUAAUCAUGUAGUCAUUGAUUCAAAUGUAAUAUUUUUUUUAUGACAAACUUAAUAUUAAUAAUCCUGUUUUAAAAGUCUUCUACUUUUAUUCUAAUUUGCUGUUUUAAGCUAUUUUUGGAAUAACUAUAUGAUGCAUAGAAAAUAAUUUUCAUAUGAAAAUUAUUACCAAAUUUUUCGUUUAUAUUUCAAAAAUAUAGAAAACCUGAUUUUUCAAUUACCAGACCUAUAAACAUGUUUACUUUCCAUUUAAUAAAACAGUAUUUUUAACUAUUUUUAUUAAAUUACACCAUAUAGUAGAAUUUCAUAAGUAGGUACUACGAAUAUUAAUACCUAAUUUGUGGUCUGCCAUCUUGAGGGACGUUGGGAAAAGUAACCUCCAUUCUAUGGACACGAAUCUUCUCAAAUUUCUGUGUCCAUUAGGAGAUAAUAUUUCCUGUUGUUCGCUAGAGAGUAGACAACAGGAAUAGAUAAACACAGAUUUGACUGACGAUUGGAAAAUCAUGGUAUCGAAAUUAAUUAUUAUCUUAUUCUAAUAAUUUGCUUCAUCUUCGUUCGAAUAUAAAGUCACUUGUAAAAGUUACUUUUGAUCUCAUGUAAAAAAAUCGACCAAAUGAAAAUGUUUGCAAAACGAGCUACCUAGUAUAACCGUAGCCAUAUAACUUUAAAAUGUAUUUUGGAAUUCAAAAUGUUUAGAGGCUACAAAAUUUCACACAUUGCAAAAUUCCCUACGAAUUUGUUACCUAUGUCUUCGUAGGGUCUUUCGACAACUUUUAGGCAAAAAUAUGUUUCGAUAAUUUUUAGAUAGGUAAAUUUCUCCAAAGGAGUAAUUUUUUAUUCAAUUUUGGGUACGGGUGCUUUUUGUAUAGAAAAUUUACGAUAUUUGUAAAUGUGGAAUGUAUAUCUUAUUUAGUAAGCAAAAUUCUAUAUUGUAUUAUGCUAUUAGUUUAUAUAAUUAAAUUUAAAACUAAACUGCGGGGCUACCGUAAAACAAAAAAGGAAGCACGUCAUUGCGUCCACAUGUUUUCUUUUCUUACAGGAUGCUUACGUAUUUGUAUGUUUCGUGGUAUGCCUUCUGUAACGCAUGUGAGAUCAUAAAGAAAAACUGCAAAAAAAAUAUUUUAUUAAUAUCAAUUUUGUGUACUUAUUAGCUAGUAGAUUGUUUUUUUUUUACUAAUUUGUAUUAUUUAAAAUAUAAAUGCCCGUACUGUCAAACUACAGAGUUUUUAUAGCACUGCUAUAACCGUACUGUCCUGUAAAGUGUUAAUGAUGCAUUUUUGAGUCUUUACGUGUUUGCAACAGCGAUGUUUUAUCUAAUACUUUAAGGUAUAUAAAGGAAUAUCAAUUUAAUUAAGUAGUUUCAGAUUUGAAUUUAUAUUUCAUCAAAAUAGAGGAAGGGCGAGGUUAUUCAUAUAAACUUCUCUAUUUCAUCUGGAAGAUGGGUUUACGACCAGUAUUUUCACAAUUUCUUCCCGUUAUUACUGGGAGUAAACCCAUUUAAUUUCAACCUCGGUUGCUUCCCCCGCCGCUAAACGUCGGAGCCCAUGGUCCGCUAUCUAUUCGAUGAUCUUGACCUUUGUACAAAACUCACUAAAAAUUUAGUACAUAUUUAGAUGAUAUAUUUUUUGCAUGAAUUUACAAUUUUAAUUCUUAAUGUUUGCGGUAAUAGAAAAUCCUACAUUCAUUAAGUACCUAAUUAACCUGAUUUUCCUUUUUGUACAUUUUUUUUUUUACUUUUGUGAAUUUUAAUUUUUACUCAUAUCAAACAAUGUCAUGCAAUGAGUAGAAAUAAAAUUAUUUUUUAAAAAAAUCUCAAUUUGCCAAUUUAGCAUAAAAAUUGUUAUAUUGAUGUUUUUUAAUGUUCUGCUCAUUAUUAGUACCUAUACCUAAUUUAUACGAAAAUGUGUUUUUGAAAAACACCUCACGUCCUUCAUAUUUAAGAUUAAUGAAAUAAUACGCUUUCUGUAGAUUUAGUGACAAAUAAAAAUAUGAAUUUA